AUGGCUGAAGGUGUAGAGGUACCUCCGACUCCCCAGUUGAGAGAUCGAGAACUUCGCAGAAUAGUUAUCACACCUUGUGGCCGUAGUCUUUGUUCCAGUAAAACGAUUAUGAAGUUUCUUGUUGGCAUGCAAGACGCAAUGGUGGCACACCGCCGCCUGUAUCUCGAAAAGAAAAUACUUCAUGGUGACAUCUCUGACGGUAACAUCAUUCUAGCAACUGUAGGUGGUAAAACUCAAGGGAUGUUGAUCGAUUUGGAUCACGCUGAAAUUAUUGAACCACCACCAGGCAAAGAUAAUAACUCUUUCUUGACUGGCACCAUGAAAUUCAUGGCGCUUGAGAGGCUACAUCAUGCUUCAAAUCGCAGGGAAAGUAUAAUUUGUACGUUCCAUCAUGAUCUGGAUUCGUUCUUUUAUGUGUUAAUUGUAGGAUGCAUAACAUAUAAACGCGAAAAGAAGUCGGAGGAGCAGAUCGAACUGCAGAUGUGGCACACUGACAACAUCGGGAGUAAUUAUUGGGCAAAGAAAUACAGUAUGUGGGACUUUCAACUAAGAAUUCUCGAUAAAUUAUCCACCAACUUCUUAGGCUUGAAGGCUUUAGCAUCAGAACUCCGAGAAAUAAUUUUUGGGGAAAAUGGCAAAGAGUGCGGUACCCCUGAUGAGCAUGAACCGGAAUAUGAUAAGAUUAUUAAGGCAUUCAACAAUACCAUUGAAGAUCUAAGAGGUAUGAUCCAUCCAUAA